AUGCAAGGCCCGGCGAGGUUCGGCGGCGGCCCAGCUUUCGUCGCGGCUCCCUCCUCAGCGAUACCGAGGCCCACCACUCAAGCGGGCGUCUGGCCGCCUCCGCCACCAGUCUCGGCCCCGAUGCCCACCUCUCUCAGCGCAGAGCCCUCAGUCCAAGCAAGCGCUUGGCCGCAAUGGCCGGCUUACACAGCCCCGCCACCGGCCUCUCUCAGCUCAGGGCCUGCAGCCCAAGCAUGCGCUUGGCCGCACGGGCAGCCGCAUCCCGCACUGCAGCCCGCCCCCUUCGGCCAAGCAAGCGUCGGGCCGCUAUGGCCUCUCCACUCAGUCCCACAGCCCACUCCCUCUAGCUCUGGGUUUACAGCCCAGGCAAACGCUUGGCCGCACGAGCUGCCAAACACAGCUCCGCCUCCAGCCCCCUUCAAUACUCUCCUCCAAGCAAAACCAUCUUACUCGCUCUUCACCGCUACACCCAUGCCUGUCCCUGCAAACGCCAUCGCUACGGAACCCCCUCGUUUCACGGAGAUCAUAUGCUCAGUCUUCCCUCACAGGCGACGCGAGCUCAACGACUACCUGGCCAUCAUAGCCGAGCUCGCGUUGUCCUACGGAGGAGGGCAUUUUUUCACUUAUCACAAACUGUUUUCUGCAAAAUGCGCCGUCCGAGUCGCGCAGUGGAAUCAAUGCCCCUACUGGGGUGCUCUCGACUUAGAUCUCCACAACAGGGUGUUCCUAGGAUGCAGGAACAUUUCGUGCGCCGUGUGCAGGUCGGUCGCCCACUCCACCUCGAAUUGCCCACGGAUCAAUCCGUCAGCUACUCCAUGCCCGGAACCCACCUCCGCGAAAUCCACCAGCUACGUCCCAAGACCAGCAACGGCUUUAUACCCAGACCAGGAACCACCAGCUCCUCAUGCUGCGGACAACAGACAGCCAUGCUUUGCUUUCAAUAAUAGGAAAUGCAUCAGACACCGAUGUCGUUUCCUCCACAUGUGUAGUUUCUGCGGCGGAGCUCACGCUCGUGUUGUAUGCCCGGUAUCUAAAGCUGUGAAUAAAAAAUCAAAAAAUUAUUCAUCGACUCCCGUGAACAUUUCUCGUCUAGCCAUCGAACUCGCCAGCCAUCCAGAUAAAGAGUUCUGUAAAUAUCUCCUGUCGGGCCUCAGUCACGGUUUCAAUCCCGGCGUCGUAUGCGCGCUUUCCCAAAAUUUGAUUUGCAACAAUCUCCAAUCCGCCCAUGCCGAGCCUGACAUCGUAGAUAACCUUAUCGGGGAAGAAGUCAAAUCAGGCUUCAUGAUCGGUCCUUUCGUUAAACCCCCCUUCGAAAUCUUUCGCAUCAGCCCCAUUGGCGUAGCGACAAGGAAAUUUUCGGGUAAAAAACGAUUAAUCAUCGACCUGUCAUCUCCCCAUAAUUCCUCCAUUCCAAGCAUUAAUAGCCUGAUUCCCCUCGAAGAAUUUUCGCUCAGGUACCAUGACAUAGACCAGGCAGUCGAAUUGAUUAAAAUCGCUGGCCGAGGAGCCUGGCUCGCCAAAUUAGACAUCACUUCUGCAUUCAAAGUGAUGCCUAUCCAUCCGGAUUCUUGGCAUUUAUUUGGGAUACGAUGGUCGGAAAAAUUCUAUUUCGCCGUCCGCCUGACUUUCGGUUGCAAAAGUAGCCCAAAAAUCUUCAACAUGCUUUCAGAAGCCGUCUGCUGGAUCCUGUCAAACAAUUACGCCAUUCCCCAUCUCAUCCAUCUCCUAGACGAUUUUUUAAUCAUUUCGCCUCCAGACGCUAUCCCAGCCGCCCACAUCCUCACAGCCCAAAAGGUUUUUUCUGAGCUUGGGAUUCCCAUCGCCCAGGAAAAAACCUUGGGUCCAGCUACAUCCAUCGAAUUUCUCGGCAUUAACCUGGACUCAGUUAAAUUCCAGGACUCUCUGCCCAAGGAGAAAAUCGACAGGAUAAUCCUCGUCUCCUCUACCCUCAUCGACAGCUCUCGCUGUUCUAAACGCGAACUCCUGUCACUGCUCGGGCAUUUAAAUUUCGCCAUGCGCAUCAUUCCCCAAGGCCGUCCCUUCAUCUCACAUCUCCUCUUACUCGCUUCUUCAGUCCAUGCGCUCGAGGACCUCAUUUCCUUAUCCCAAGAAUGCCGCGACGAACUUAGGUUAUGCAUAAUGUUCCUCAAACAAUGGAACGGCCUUUCCCUCUUCUAUAACAACCUUGUUUCGUCUCCCUUCGACAUUAAACUUUUUACAGAUGCGGCUCCCUCAAUCGGUUUCGGAGGAUUUUACCAAGGUCGCUGGUUCGCGUCUCCAUGGCCUUCCCAGCUGCAAAGUUCGCUACCGUCCUCAGCUCUUUUCGAGCUUUACCCCCUCGUGAUAGCAGCUUUCUUAUGGGGAAACGAAUGGGCCUCAAAAUGCAUCUUGGUGCACUGUGACAACGAAGCAGUUGUUCAGUGCAUCAAUAAAGGCCGUUCCAAUUCUCCCGCCCUCACGCCUUUCCUAAGACGAUUAAUAUGGAUCUCGGCAUGCGACCAGUUUAUAAUAAUCGCCAAACAUGUCGCAGGUUCAGAAAAUAAAAUUGCUGACUCUCUCUCUCGCUUUCUGUUUCAGAAAUUCAGGAUGCUGGCUCCAGAGGCGGACCAAUUCCCAACCCCAGUACCUCCAUAUUCAGAAUUGAUAUUCCCGUAAAUCACCCAUUAAAACCUCUCCUCGAAGACUCACUCGACACCAUCCUCCAGGCUGUCUCUCCCAGAACACUCCAAUCAUACGUGACAGCAUGGAGAUGCUUUAAGUCAUUCCAUCUCUCUUACAACAUGCCAUUCCCAGACUUUUCUCUACUCUCAAUAACCUCAUUUAUCUCUUAUCUCAACAGCAUCAAAGGCCUCCAAGCCAGUACCAUCAAAAAUUACAUAAGCGGCAUCCAAUUUUUUCAUAAACUCAUGUACGGUGCUCCCUCACCCGGAAUUAGCAAUUCUCAAACCUCCAUGUUGAUCAGAGGAAUCAAACGAUCCCGGCCGACUCGUCCCGAUUCGAGACUACCCAUUACCUUAGACAUCCUCACCAAAUGUAUCCACUCCCUCCGCACA